CUCUUUCAUUUGAAUCUCUUUGGUUCAUAGUCUCUCUGUCUGAGCUGAGGCAGUCUGGCAUGCAGACGCUGGAGCACGUGUCUGUUACUGUGACGAUCGUCCAUCCGCGGCGCGCGAGCGUGGAGAUCCGGCUCGUCUGUCCCAGUGGAAUGAGCUCUCUGAUCGGGGCCCGGAGACCGCUGGAUGUAGAUACGACUGGAUUCACGGACUGGACGUUUUCCACUGUGCGAUGCUGGGGAGAAAGAGCCGAGGGACAAUACAGUCUACAAAUCACCGACCACAAAGAGCCGACUCUGUCAUCAGGCGUCCUGAAGCACUGGAAACUCACUCUAUACGGCUCCUCUCUGUCUCAUCAGCAGGUGAAAGAGAGACGGAGGGUUGUUGAAGACGCCAUGGGUGGACAGUAUCUGGACAGAAGUUUUGCUCUUCCCUGUCCUCCUGGUAUCGACGUUCCUCCUGAAAUCGUGAGCCCGUUCACCUCGAGCAGCCUGAAGUCUCUCCUGCUGCUGGGCUGUUUCGCUCUCUUCUGGUCGCUCUAUUACACUCUGGAGGUGACCCUCACUCAUUGGGACUGGCGUGGAUGCAGCACGGCGGGACGGGACAGAGGCUUUCAGGCCGGAUCCACGGGCCUAGAGGACAGUCAAGUGGUGGAAAUCCAGCCCGAGAUGGACAAUGAGUCCAAAGUCCCGCUCAUUGCUGCUGAUGAGAACACGUAGCACGUGUCUCCAUUUCUUUCGUUUGAAAUUUCAGGUUGCACUUCGCUUUUGUUUGCGCAUGUGAGCCAAAUGCUCUAUUUUGAGUUGCCUUCUUUUGUGUUCAUGACAAUGUUGUCUUAUAAGAGUGCCUGAUGUUGAGUGCAGUGUUUGAAACAUUCAGUGCAUGAUUGAGAGAAUGUGUGUGAGGUUUGCUGAGUGCUGCGUGGAUGAUAUUUUGUGGAGUUUAAUAUAAUGACUUUUUUCUUGAUCGUGACGCAUCGAAUGUGUCACUCUUAGGUCUAUAAAUACCUCCGACACUUGAAAGACUGAAAGAGAUUGUUUAAACUGGAGGUCUGCUUAACUGCAGAUAUUUUACUGAUUGUAGUCUGUUUUUUUGUUUGUUUUUUUUACCGAAGUGUGGUAUUCUUGUGAACAAGAACUCAGAUGAGGUUUGAAUAAAAACAAAAAGGGAAAGUGUUUUAGUAUGUCUGCAUGGGUUACAGUGUUAUGUGCUUUUAGACGAGCUCUUAAAAUCAACACAAAAUGUUAAACGCAAACCAAUUAAUUUCUGUAAUGAGAGGAGUGGAGCUUGAUUUCGUCUAUGAGGAAUUGAUUGGUUGGUGAGAAGUCUUUCUAUAUGACCGGUAGAGAAAACAAUAAGAUCGAUCAGUGACCUUAGCCUAAUUUUUUCCCUUUUGGAUUAACAUGCACCACAAUAAGACCAGUAAUGUGUAUUACAGAAGUAAAUGGGUUCAUUUCGAUGUGAUGUUGACUUGCAGAUAUUACAAAGUGAAUGUUAUAAAACAGAGAGUUCCGGUGCUUGAUUCUGAUUGGCUGAGCCGAAGCU